AUGGUUAAAUUAUCAUUAUUAUUCCUAAUAUUUAUUUUGAUUACUGGAUUUUUCAUUCAAUCUAGUACAGCAGAUAGUGAAAUUGGAUUCACUUGUCGUUCAUGUUUAAUGCAUUCUCAAUUAAAUUAUGGAGAAUGUUUAUUGGCCAAUCAAGAACCAGAGAAUGAUUGUAGAACACGCUACCAUAUAUUAUUAUUUGAAUGUAUCGAUGCUGGAUGUGCAAAUAUAUAA